AUGUCGCCACCCUCUCAAACCGGUCGUCAAAUCAAUUUCCCGGAAUACACCAAUUUUUUGGACCAUCUCCGAGAAAAAGGCGGUCCAUUCAAGUUUGUGACCGCCCAUAAGAGAUUUCCAGUCGGCUCGAAAGUUGGCACGGCGCCAAAAACCCGCAGUUUGGCGGAAAUUCGAAAAUCUGUGUUGGUAUCUCCGAGAGUCAUGAGCGUCAUUAGUGAAGAAACCCUGCGUCGAAAAUGCGCUCCAGAAGACGUCAAAAAGGAGGUGGAGUCGCUUUUGGAUGAAAUGUCUCAUACUUUCAAUCUUCUAAACGUUCGUUCAUUUGGCUACGCGGUGUGCAAAGCGAUGGAAAAACUGUACGAUGGGAUAUUUGUGAACGAGCAGAAGCUUUUGGAGAUUCGAGAAAUCUCCAAAACGAAUUCCGUGAUUUUUAUGCCUUCUCACAAGACGUAUUUCGAUUUUUUGUUGCUUUCACUCAUCUGUUUUCAGUAUGACAUCCAACUUCCCGCUAUCGCCGCUGGACAAGAUUUCAUGAGUAUGAAGUUUAUGGCUGGCGUUUUGAGACGAUCUGGAGCAUUUUUCAUGAGAAGAUCGUUUGGAACGGACCAACUCUACUGGGCGGUCUUCUCUGAAUACGUCCAAACCCACGUCGUCAAUAACGACCGUACCGUUGAAUUCUUCGUCGAAGCUACGCGGUCACGAGUCGGAAAAUCGCUCCACCCAAAAUACGGAAUGCUUCAGAUGAUUCUAGAACCAUAUCUUCGUGGCUCCGCCUACGAUAUCGUCAUUGUUCCAGUCUCCAUGAACUAUGACAAAAUCCUUGAGGAAAAAUUGUACGCCUACGAGCUACUCGGUUUUCCGAAACCCAAAGAGUCCACUGGAGCACUUUUGAAGGCUCGAGAAAUUCUCAAUAAUCCUCAUGGAUCCUGUUUCCUCACUUUCGGUGACCCCAUAUCGGUCCGCGACCAUUUUGGGGUUAGCUUGCACCGAAAUACGUUCGUAUGUCAGCCAGAUUCACAAUUCGUUCUGCACAAUCAAGCGAAGUUGGAGAUCAAAAAGUUCGCGCACCAUGUCGUCGAGCUGCACAACAAGAAUGCGGUGAUUACGGUUUGGAGUGUGGCGUGUAUGGUGAUUUUGCAGACCUUUGACCGUGACGACCAGGCUACUCUAUCCUAUUCUGGUAUCUACUCCGGCGUGGAGGACUUAAUUACCCUACUUAACCAAUUGGGUGCCAUUGUCAAUAUUCAAGGGAAUUUGGACAAGAACUUGAGGUACUACCUCCAUAUGCAUGCCGAUUUAUUCGAGCCAUUCGACGUCGCUUCCGAUAAUUUCCAAUUGAGAUUUAUCGAUUUUCCAGUGGACCAUGAAAAACAAGGAGUGCCCAUAAAAGUUAUGGAGCGGGCCGUUAGCCGAUUGAUUUUGACUACCUAUUCUAAUGGGAUGAUCCAUGCAGUCGACAGUGAAGGAAUCAUCUGUACCAUAUUACUCCAUAAUGGUCUCCGACAAUUGACAAAAGUUCGAGACGAGUUUUGCUGGCUCCACAAUCUCAUGAAACGAGAAUUUGUCACAAUUCCUGGAGAACUUCCUCAACUUUUUGAGAAAUCUUUGAAAAUUCUAACGUCUUCUGAGAUAUUGACGACGUCUGAAGAUGGGAUUCUGGAAAUUCUGGACAAGAAAAAUGCAAACUUUUUGAGCAAAUUGGUGUUACCAUAUUUUUAUAAUAUCGAAAUUGCGUUUGGCGUGUUUUCCGAAAAGAAACCCAUGAUUUCUGAUUUGGGAGAGCUAGUGGGGACAGUUCAGAAAGACAUCAGCGACGCCUACCAAAACCGUUUGCCCAACACCCGAUUAUCAUUUCUAUCCACGGAACCCAUCAAAAAUGCGUUUGCUGCGUUGACUGAUUUUGGAAUUUUCGAGAAAUCGGCGAGUGAUAUGAGCUCUGGAAUGAGAACCAAUUUUGCAAAACUGCACCAAGUGAAGCAUCGGUUGACCAAUUUCACAAAAUCCCAUGAUGUUUCAAAAUUGUAG